GCAUCUAAACUGCCACGUGCUGGAGGCACAAUGAUCUUCCUACAAAAUCAAGAAAGUUGUUCAAUUACCGAUGGACCUGGAGAAGGCAGCACUUCAUGUUUCGCCAUGCAUUUGAUACAACCACCCGCCAAAAUCGAGCAUCUGCGUAGGAAGAAACUGUAGCCUUUUGUUCGAGUACGAAGAAGGGAGAGAGGAGAUAAAAUGGUUUAUGCUCUUCCUGGAGUGCGUUUGCCUACUGUGCGAUUGGCGUACAGUUUGGGAAACAAUGGUGCGAGCUCGCACGUCGAUCGGAGAAGUGUUAAUCUGCCGUUUCUCCUGAAAAACAAACCUUAUUUACGAAAUGAUUUUUCUGAAAGAUCUUUGAAGUGUGGGUUGAAGUGUUCGACAGUAGCUGCAUCUUCCAAGGUCCUUGUUCCGGCCAUUGAGAAUGAAGAACCCUCAGCCACACCAGAGGAAUUAGCUGCCCCUGAGAUAGUUUCAGAUGAUUCGCAGAAAAAGACAUCAGAAAGUUCAGGAGCAGAACCCAAAACUACAGUGAAAGAUCAAGAAACUCCAGUUGAGGAAAUAAGUACCACUGUACUCGCUGGAGAGGAAGAUUCUGAAUCCAUGGGACAACUGGAUGGUGAAGUUGAAAAAGUGGCUGAAGGAUCAUUGGGCACCGAAAAAGGUUAUAAAUUAUCCGGGGGCGAAAAGAGGACCUUCCCCCCUCCAGGCACCGGCCAGAGGAUUUUUGUGAUAGAUCCACUUUUGAGAAAUUUUAGUCGGCAUCUUAAUUAUCGGUAUUCCGAGUAUAGAAAAGCGAGGAACGUCAUUGAGAUUCAUGAAGGUGGAUUGGAAGUGUUUUCUCGUGGCUACGAGAAAUUUGGUUUCACUCGCAGUGAAACAGGUAUCACUUACAGGGAAUGGGCACCUGCAGCCAUGCGGGCUGCACUUAUUGGAGAUUUCAAUAACUGGAAUGCAAAUGCUAAUAUUAUGACUUGUAAUAAAUUUGGCGUGUGGGAGGCAUUUUUACCGAAUAAUGCAGAUGGGUCUCCAGCUAUCCCCCAUGGUUCCCGUGUCAAGAUUCGCAUGUUUACUCCAACUGGUACGAAAGACUCUAUACCUGCAUGGAUCAAGUAUUCAGUUCAGGCUCCUGGAGAAAUUCCAUAUGCUGGAAUAUAUUAUGAUCCACCAGAAGAGGAGAAGUAUGUUUUUAAACAUCCUCGUCCAAAGAAGCCACAAUCACUGAGGAUAUAUGAAUGUCAUAUUGGAAUGAGCAGUACGGACCCUAUCAUCAAUACAUAUGCAAACUUCAGAGAUGAAGUGCUUCCUCGCAUCAAGGGACUUGGAUAUAAUGCUAUUCAGAUAAUGGCAAUUCAGGAGCAUUCUUAUUAUGCGAGUUUCGGUUACCACGUCACUAAUUUCUUCGCACCCAGCAGCCGAUUUGGGACUCCAGAGGAUCUCAAAUCCUUGAUAGACAAAGCUCAUGAACUGGGCUUGUAUGUUCUCAUGGAUAUUGUCCACAGCCAUGCAUCAAACAAUACUUUGGAUGGACUGAACAUGUUUGAUGGCACUGAUAAGACUUACUUUCACUCUGGAUCACAAGGUCAUCAUUGGAUGUGGGAUUCUCGUCUUUUUAACUAUGGGCAGUGGGAAGUCUUAAGGUUUCUGCUCUCUAAUGCAAGAUGGUGGUUGGAGGAGUACAAGUUUGAUGGUUUCAGAUUUGAUGGUGUGACAUCAAUGAUGUAUACGCACCAUGGUUUAGAGAUGGCCUUCACUGGGAACUACAAUGAAUACUUUGGACUGCAAACAGAUGUCAAUGCAGUUGUGUAUUUGAUGCUGGUUAAUGAGAUCAUUCAUGGCCUGUAUCCUGAAGCUAUAACCAUUGGAGAAGAUGUAAGUGGCAUGCCAACCUUUUGUAUUCCUGUUCAGGAUGGGGGUGUUGGAUUUGACUAUCGUCUUCACAUGGCUGUUGCUGAUAAAUGGAUUGAGAUUCUCAAGAAAAGGGAUGAAGAUUGGGAAAUGGAAGAUAUUGUGCACACACUUACAAACAGAAGAUGGCUUGAAAAAUGUGUCUCCUAUGCAGAAAGCCAUGACCAAGCACUAGUCGGGGACAAAACUAUUGCGUUCUGGUUGAUGGAUAAGGAUAUGUAUGAUUUUAUGUCAUUGGAUAGACCAACUACACCCACAGUAGAUCGUGGAAUAGCAUUACACAAGAUGAUUAGGCUUAUCACAAUGGGAUUAGGUGGAGAAGGGUACCUAAAUUUCAUGGGAAAUGAAUUUGGUCAUCCAGAGUGGAUAGACUUUCCUAGAGGUGAUCAUUCUCAUCCUGAUGGGAGAGUCAUUCCAGGCAACAACUAUAGCUAUGACAAGUGUAGGCGACGGUUUGACCUGGGAGAUGCAGAUUACUUAAGAUAUCGUGGGAUGCAAGAAUUUGACAGGGCAAUGCAACGGCUUGAAGAUAAAUAUGGGUUUUUGAGAUCCUUGCAUCAGUACAUAUCGAAGAAAAGUGAGAGUGAUAAGGUUAUUGUAUUUGAAAGAGGGGACUUGGUCUUCGUCUUCAAUUUUCAUUGGAAUAAAAGCUAUACAGGUUAUCGGGUAGGAUGCUUGAAGCCUGGAAAGUACAAGGUUGUUUUGGAUUCGGACGACAGAAAGUUUGGAGGCUUUGGUAGAAUUAGUCAUGAAGCCGAGCACUUUACCUCCGAAGGGCUAUAUGAUGGCAGGCCUCGGUCCUUUAUGAUCUACACGCCUUGUCGAACAGCGGUAGUCUACGGUUUGGAGCGAGAAUGAAGAUGAAGUGAAUCUUGAUGGCUGGUGAAACAAUCAUGAACAAGAUGGUGCUGUUUGGAUCAUGCCUGCCCAGUGCAGUUCUCGACUGAAUAAGAAGAAUACAUCCAAAAAUGUACCACAUUUGAUUUGUGUUGCGAGUCUUUUUGUAAGGAUUCUUCUU